CACCUGCCUGACGGUGAAGUGCUCCUCGACUUUCUAUUCUUUUCUCCACAGCUUUUCUUUGCCGCAUCUAUUUUAGAACGACUAUUACGCUAGAACACUGUCACUCGUUUUACACUGUCACUCCUUGAACCGUAACCGCCACGUACAUAGCGAAACGGGCUCGCGUACUCGUCCUUGUACCGCUCUCUCCUCUGUUGAGCACGAACGAGAGCUCUCAAUCGCACGACCACAUCUGACAGUAUGCUCUCACUCGCUCUGUUCCUCCUCCCCUUCCUCCGACCGGCCUGGGCAGACGUGACGAUCUACACUACGUUCCCCAACCUUGCCUCCACUGCUCCUGCCCCCUUCCCUACAGGCCCGUAUUCCGGCUUACCAGCAUUCGACCCAACGACUAUCCCCCCUCCCUCACUGCCAAACCCGCCGCAACCGACAGAUGUACUGAUUACGCUGUCUCAGGGGGGUAUGCAGGGGUUGAGCAUACCACAGAUGGGGAACCUACUCGGGUUCAGCAUCGAGUUGAGCGUCAGUGACACCAUUAUCGGGAAGAACAGCAGCGUGCUCAACAUCCCCUUCCUCAACUACCUCAAUAACAUCCGUCUUCGUGCGGGUGCUGGCCCGAUUGUUCGCGUCGGCGGCAAUUCCCAGGAGACUGAGACGCUGUUUGUCGACGGUCUUCCUGACGGGGCCGAACUAGACAAGAUCAACCAAGGUGUAGGAGCGACCGGGGUGAUCAACACGCCCAUCAUCAACUUCUCCCCUGAGCUCCUCUACUCCCUCGCAAAUAUCAGUGCGCUGGUCGACGCUCAGUGGUACUUUGGCCUCUCGUUCAACGACACUUCCGCAGAUGGGAACGCGCUCGUGGUCGCCCAGUAUGCGCAGGAUAUCCUGGGAAAUAACCUAAUCGCCCUCCAGCUGGGGAAUGAGCCUGACCUAUACGGUGACCACGGCAAAAGAGACCCGGACUACAGUAUCUCGGACUACAUGACCGAUUUUGCAAAGGUCGAGGGAGACUUGAUGGCCUCUUCGGGAGUACAGAGGAAGGAGACUCUUGUCGGCCCGAGCAUUUGCUGCAAUUGGCAGAUUGAUGAUGUGCUCAGUGCUGGAUAUCUGACGCAGUUCAGUCAGGGCCUCAGUCAGGUGUCAGUGCAGCACUACCCCGCAAACAAUUGCAAGCUCUCAGGUGUCAUCCAACCCUCUGAUAUCUUCCCCUCCUACCUGAACCACACUGCCGCCCAAACGUUCGUCCAGCCCUACUUAGAUGCAGUCCCCGUGGUCCUCGGCGCGGGAAAACCAUUCGUAAUGCUAGAGACGAACACGGCGAGCUGUGGCGGGUUUUUGGGUGUGAGCGAUAGUUUUGGCGCUACUCUGUGGACCCUGGACUUGGCUUUCCAGCUGGCUUGGGCCAACUUCAGCACUGUGCUGUUGCACACCUCAGGCACGUCGGUGUAUUAUAAUCCGAUCACACCUCCACCAGGCAACGAAACCAGAACGAAGCAAUGGAACACGGGUUCGACGUACUACGCCAUGCUGGCGGUCGCCGAAAUGUUUGGCUCGUCAAACAUCUCACAGAUAAUUGACCUCGGCACCUCGGAGACAUCGAUCUACGCCCCUUCGUACGCUGUGUACGAGAACGGCAACCCCACCCGCGUAGGACUAUUCAACUUCGUCUCCGACCCGAGUGGGGCGAACGACUACACCGCGUCGAUCAACAUUACCGGCGCACAGGUGCCGGCGAACGUCUACGUACGGUACCUGGAAGCACCGAGCAUCAGCGAGAAAUGGAACAUCACGUGGGCUGGCCAGACACUCUCCCCGGGUGGUGCCCAGUCCUCCGAUGGUGUACUCCAUGGAUCGCAGAACACGGUCCAGAUCGCGUGCGACACGGCGAACAACGUCUGCUAUAUACCUGUCCCAGCGCCGAGCUUUGCACUCGUGUUCCUCUCACAGCAGGCACUGACGGAUAGUACUUCCCAGUCGGAUGGGAUUGCGGGCAGUGGGGGUGGUGCACCUGGACCGCUAAGCUUCACCCCGACUAGUACAAGGGGUGGGGGGGCGACCGGCGUAGACCCGGGGGUGUUGGCGACGAGUAAUGGGGGAGUGCUCGGAGGCGGCGGUCUGGGUAGCACGAGCAAGGAGGGCGACGCUCGUCUGAACGUCCCCUUUCCCGUGUAUCUGGUGGUAUCUACCUCCGUACUUGGAAUUGUGGGGAUGAUGUUGUUGUGAGUUAUGAUAGACGA